UUACAUACUCCUAUUUUAGGAAUUCAAAUUCCACUGAAUCUAAAUUUAUUAUGCUGAGUUGGAAAUAAUGGAUUCUGUGUUUUGAAAUUUAAAUUUUAAAAAUUUAGUUGAAAUUACAUACUCCUGUUUUAGAAAUUCAAAUUCCCCCAAAUCUAGGCAUUCCGAACACAGUCUUAAUAUUUCACCAAAAAAAAAAAAAACGCGCAUAGCGCCUAUUUUUAAAAUUUCAUUAUUUUAAGAGUGGUCUGACAUUCGAAACUCCAAACAAAGCCAAAGAAAUCACAAUAUUCACGAGUAGAUUCUGGCUUAAAUGCUGAUGAAAAUUGAACGCAGAAGAUCUGCUCGAAUUGCUUAGCGUGCCAUCAUCUGCAAGGGUCAGACUGGCUCUGGCUUAAAUACUGAUGGCGACGCAGAUUCUCCUAAGCUAAAAGAGUUGCAGAUGGCUGGAGUUAAUCAUAUCUCUAAUAAUUUCAAGGUGGUUGUUUGUUCAAGUGGAAGAAAGUUGAAAAACAGCGCAUCUUUUCUUCCUGAAGAGAUCAUAUUCAACAUCCUGCUUUGGUUACCUGCUGAGGUUCUAUACAAUGUGAUGAGGUAUGUUUGCCGAGAGUGGUAUAAUGUGAUCAAUGACCCUGGUUUCAUUAAUGCACAUCUUCAAAAAUCAACUGAUGGCCUCUUAAUCCAUAGUUCCAACUUUGUAGAUUCAGUUUGUUUUGUGGAGAUAAAUAAUUGUGAUAUUCAGAUAAGACAGUUAAGAUACGGGUUUCCUCUGCACGUUUUUGGUAGUUGUGAUGGUUUAGUUUUGUCUAACUGCCGUGAUAAGCGUAUCUUGUAUGUUGGGAAUCCUAUUACGAAGCAAGUAGUGACCCUCCCGCCUUUAUUUAAGACAAAUCGUAUAUGUUCUCCUCGUUUAACAUAUGUUCGCUCUAUUGGGAGAUACAAAGUGAUGCUUAUUAGCCCUGAUGAAAAUAAGCACGAUGUCUGUUUAAUAUCAACUGUGGGUACUGAUAAUGCUUGGAGAUUGAUUGAGACUAAACAUUUGCCAAACUUUGAUCACUAUGCGUUAUAUUCUAAGUCAUCAUUUUCUACUGGAGGGUACUUUUAUUUUACUUGUGAUGGUGCUUCUCAUAUUUUUGCUUUGGAUGCUGAAGCUGAAAUUUUUCAUCAAUUUCUUGUUCCAAAUGUCUACCACAAGGCAAUAAGAUGCACUUAUAUAGUGUGGAAAAGCUUUCUAGCUUUAGUAGCUUAUUGUGCUGGAUUUGUUUGGGAGCUUUGGGCCUUGACGGAAUUGAAUACAGGAGGGUGGACCAGGAUUUUUAGCAUUGACUUGAGAGGUCAAAGAUGCAUGAUUGAGCAAAUAUUUGACGUCCCGAAUGGUGAAUGGUCUCUGGAUCGUUGUUUGGUUCCUAUUGCCUCGUUAAAAAAUGGGGAGUUGGUGAUCUUCCGUGGUGUAGAUCUAUUUAAGACAUACCUUGUUUACAACCUCAAGACAGGAGAAGUUUCUUCUUUUGUGGUAGAAAAUUGUGACAGAUAUAACACAUAUAGAUGCCAUGUCAACAGCUUGGUUUCAUUGGAUUUCUCUUAGUUCCGGUCUUUUGCCUAGGUUUGGAAAGCAGAUUAAUUGAUCUCCACAGAAAUGCAAGGGUCCUAUAUAUUGUCCUUCCUUCUUCAUGGUUAGGGAUUCAGUUUUGUUUUAUUUUCAUUUAUUUAUUUUUUUGAACAUUUGUUACCCAAAUGUGAUGGGUACUGGUAUCUUGAGGAGAAAUCUAUAGUUACCCUGCUUAUUUGUGGGUCCUCUUAUAUAUGUCAUGACUCUUUUUUUUCCAAGAGCUAUUAUCUCUCAUCGGAAACAAUUUCUCUACUUCCAUAAAUUCUAAAAAGAUUCAGUUUUAUAAUGGA